GUCAGUCAGCAUCUUUAUCACCACUGCUGGAGUUUGAUCAAUCAUUUUAAGCAAAAGACCCUAAGGAUGGUGGUCCGCGACAAACGGAUGCCUUGGUGCUUUCUGUUCCUGCUGGCCGGUGCUAUGGGUCAAACUGUGAACUAUUCAGGUGCCGUUUGUGCUGUGAAAAACUCGACUGUCACCCUCCCGUGCACCUUCAAACCAUUUGAGUCUCUCAUUGAGGAUGGGCGACAAGUUUUUCCGCAGGUCAUCAGAGUCCGCUGGUGCAAGAAUCAUGAGAUUUGUCAGGGAACCACCCCGUCUGUGUACAACAGUGAUUCAAAGUACAACGACCCUCGCUACCGAUACCUGGGAGACAUGAAGGGAAACUGCACUUUGCAGAUCAGAAAUGUAAAGAUGGCAGACAAUGCAACGUUACGGUUCAGAAUGGAACUCAAUUAUUCUACAGGGCAUUUUACUGGACGAUCAGGAGUGGUUGUCAGAGUCGUUGAAGGGACUCAAAUGAGAAUAAAGGGCUCCAGCGACGGUGGAAUGAUGAGAGAAGGGGAAACGGUCACACUGCGCUGCACCUCAGCCUGCACUUUCCACCAACUGGAGGUCACCUGGUCAAGAAAUGACCGCGACCUCCAAGAGUUCGGCUCCGCCCUCCAGCUCGGCCCUCUGACUGCAGAGGAUUCUGGGAACUACACCUGUGGUUUGAAAAAAAACCCGAGGACCCGCUCCCUGCCCUACAUGCUGCAUGUACAACCUGUGGAGACUGUUAAUAAAGGAAUCAAAGUGGACAACCUGAGGAUUGUCCAGCUGGUGCUAUUCACAGUGCACACUGUAUGCAUUAUCAUAGUGGCAUACUCGGUCAUUAAAAGGACGUGUGUUUGAAGGACGGGAGCAGAUCGGUAGCGGAGCGACGUGGAAAUGCAGCCUCCAGACUUCAUGGAGGAGCUUUGAAGCUCAGAGGAGCGGGGCCAGACUGCCUUACACCGCCGCCGUCAUCUGUGACCCACCUGCUCUUACGCUGAUCACCGGAGUCCGGUUCUCGUAUUCAGCUGUUACUCGUAAAUCCCCGGACACCAAACAUACGUUGAGUGUGUAUGCGCAUGCGGCUGGUGACUGAAGAUUGUUAUUCACCGUCUGUUUUUGACCAUUUUCUGUCGAAUGCUUCUUCUCUUUUUUGUCGUUGCUUCAGUUAGUAGUUUGGGUUCUUGAAGAUGUUUAUAAUAUUUCUACCUGCUGAAAUAGUGGAGCCUUAAAAACAUGAAGCCUUAGAUACUUGAUAUGAUGAGCUUUAUAUAUACAUACAUAUACACAAACACACACGCAGUAUAUUCACUGAUGCAUCCUUUUAUAAACAUGUUAAAUACAAAGACUAACGGCCUGAAAUCAUGAAAUACUUAUUUGUAUCUCUGCCAUGUAAUA